AUGGGAAUUCACACUCAAUUAACAAUUGCCGUCAUCGGCUGCGGAACGCUGGGAACUGCCAUUGCUGCCGGUAUUCUCAGUCCAAAAGAAAGGACUGACCUCGAAGUCCACCAUCUUACCGCCACUGUUGGAACCGAAUCUUCAAAGCGGCGGGUUGAAAAUGCCCUAUCUCAACAUUCGUCACGACUCACGGUCCUUACCCAGGAAAGAAAUGUCCGCGCAGUGUGGGAAGCUGAUGUGGUAUUGUUGGCUAUGAAUCCUGUCAAGAGAGCAGAUGUCUUUGCCGCACUAGGAUUCAGAGAUAUUUUGCAAGGGAAACUAGUCCUCAGUAUCAUGGCAGGUAUCACUACUAAAGCGUUGAAUAUCCUAGCCCUCGGUGAAGACUCUGCCCCAGACAAUGAAAGCGCGCUUCAAUGCGUGCGUGCAAUGCCCAAUAUGGCGGCCAAGAUCCGAGAGGCUGUGACAUUGUACACUGCUGGCUCCGGCACAACCAAGGAGAAUUUGGAGAUUGCGUCCUGGGUCUUUAGUCAAGUUGGGGAGGCUCAUAGAAUCCCCGAAAGCUCUUUUGAUAUCUGUGCCGUUUCAGUUGGUUGUGCCGGCUCCCUGCUUCUCCUCGCGAUCGAUGGGCUACUGGAUGCUGCCGUUGCGGAGGGUGUGAAGAGACCUGACGUGCAAAACCUGGUGGUAAACAGUGCGAUUGGGAUGAUGAAGCUGGUACCUGCUGGAGAUCACGUAAGUGUUCUCCGAGAGAAGAUUGCCUCUCCCGGAGGUUGCUCUAUCCGAGCGCUCCUGGAGUUGGAAAAGUUGGGAGUUCGGGCGGCGUUCACGACCGCCAUCAUGGCGGCAGCGGAGAAAUCUAAACACAUGUCAUUGUCUUGA